AUGGAAACUCACAACCAAGAGGCCCUUGACCGCUAUCAGCUCCAAGUCGUCGUUGUGGGAGCUGGAAUCGGUGGUCUCGCGUGUGCCAUUGCUUGUCGAAGAGCAAAUCCACCGCUGGCCGUCACCGUUGUUGAGCGGGCCCCAGAGAUCCUUACAAUCGGCGCAGGUAUCCAUAUUCCUCCAAACGCCUGCAGAAUCGUCACGCAUCUCGGGUUAUUAGAAGAGUUGAAACAGGCGAAGGCGUAUUCUGUUGAAGGGUUUACUUUAAGAAGGUACAAAGAUGGCAGUGUCAUUGUCGAAAAACCAAUGGGAGAAAGAAUGGAACGAGAAUAUGGUGCAGAAUGGCUAGCUAUUCACCGAGGAGACUACCAGAACGUCUUGUUAGAGGCUGCUCGAAAAAACGGCGCAAAAAUCAUUACCAAUGCGGAAGUAAUUGGCAUCGAACAAGGCACUGGAGAAGCUCUAGGGAAGCAGAUUGUUCUGCUGAAGGACGGAAAUCGGAUAAUAGCAGAUGUUGUGGUUGGCGCCGACGGUCUCUGGUCUGGAACUCGAGAGUUUGUCUUGGGCCGACCCAUGCCGCCUGUUGAAACUGGUGAUCUUGCAUAUCGAGGAACCUUCAGUCGAGAACAACUGAAAGGUUUCCAGGACAAGAGGGUUGACGAACUUAUCGAAGCAUCAAAUGUCCAAGUUUGGCUGGGUUCGGGAAGGCAUGCGGUGUUUUAUCCACUAAGAGACAAGACAGAGUACAACCUGGUGUUGAUUUGUGCGGACAAUCUCCCUGAAGGCGUUCGGGCGUCGCAAGGAAGUCUUGAAGAAAUGGUAGCCAACUUCGAAGGCUGGGAUCCAAGCUUGAACACCAUCAUUUCAUGCUUGAAAUCUGCGUUGAAAUGGAAGCUUCUUCAUUUUCAAGAGCUCGAUCAGUGGACAAAGGGCCCGGUCGUUUUGCUCGGCGACGCUUCCCAUCCUACCCUGCCGUACCAGGGCCAGGGGGCUGCGAUGGCUGUUGAAGACGGUGCCGUCUUGGGACUUCUUCUCUCCCGAUUACAGAAUAGCGGCAUUUCGCUCGCCCCGGAGGAGAGGGCCGCACAAUUGGCCGAUCUGCUCCAUUUAUAUGAAGAUUUGAGGAAGAAGAGAACGGAAGUCAAUGUAGCUGGUGCCGUGCAUACGCGGCAUUUCUAUCAUUUAUCCGAUGGAGAUGAGCAAGUCAAACGAGACCAAGAUUUGGCUCGGCUUCCAGCAUCUGGUUGGCAAGGCGCCUGUAGUUUCAAUUGGGGAGAUGCUGCUUAUCAGAAAAGCUUGUUAGGAUUUGACGUUCUCGCAGACGCAGAGAGAAAUUUCGACGACUGGCUGUGCAGAGGGUACACUAGCAGGAGGAAAGCCAUGAAGGCAACAGGACUGUUAUGA